AAGUUGCGACCAAAGAGCUCCGCCGGCAGAGACCGAGUGCUCGGUGACGUCAGCAAAGUUAUCCGGGAGCAGCAGCUGUAGAGGAGCCGAGGACUGAGGAGAGGAGGAGGAGAGGCAAGGACGCUGCUGGAUGUGGAUCUCUGACUGUGGAGCACCGAGGACCGGGGCUUUUUUUUUUCUUUCUACGGGACUUCACUGCUCGGACUUCUUCUUCUUGUUUGGUGGAAUAUAGGCAGACACUCCGGAGGCACCUCGGAGACGCACAUUUUCCACUAUGAACCGCGCCUUCAACAGGAAAAAAGACAAAUCAUGGAUGCACACCCCGGAAGCGCUGGCUAAGCAUUACAUACCCUACAAUGUCAAGUUCCUUGGAAACACGGAGGUUGAAGCGCCGAAAGGCACAGAGGUCGUAAAGGAUGCAGUCAGGAAGUUAAAGUUUCAGAGACAUAUCAAGAAGUCAGAGGGACAGAAGACGCCCAAAGUGGAAUUACAGAUCUCCAUUUAUGGCGUGAAGAUACUCGACCUCAAGACAAAAGAUGUGCAGCAUAACUGUCAGUUACACAGGAUAUCCUUCUGUGCCGAUGACAAAACCGAUAAAAGGAUAUUUACUUUCAUCUGCAAAGACUCAGAGUCCAAUAAACACCUCUGCUUCGUGUUUGACAGUGAAAAGUGUGCAGAAGAGAUAACUCUAACCAUCGGUCAGGCCUUCGACUUGGCCUACAAGAAGUUCCUGGAGUCUGGAGGCAAGGACGUGGAAACCAGGAAACAGAUCGGGACUCUACAGAAGAGAAUUCAAGAACUGGAAACAGAAAACUCUGAGCUAAAGCAGCAGCUUCAAGACCUGGAGGAGCAGCUGAUGAUCUCUCAUGAGCCACCACCGCUGCACAUAAACGCCUCUAACGAAGCGUACAUGCUGCAGAGGCCCUCCUCUCUCUUCUGGUGUCACAGCCUCUCCUGUCUGGAGAUUUCCUCUGUCACGCUCACCCCUAUGAGCUCGCCGGAGUCCAACCUGUCCAGCGGGCUACUAACUCCUCCACCGGCCAAACCCGCUCUCCUUCCUCUUAAACCUCCCGAGGGAUGCAGCAUCCCACGGCCUCGCGCAGGGAGUAUGUCCAUGAAGCCGCCGCUGUCUACGGAUGUUUUCGACAUGAUCCCCUUCUCCCCCGUCACCCCACUGGUGCCGACACCGGCCAGCAACGGAUGCCCACCCCCACCCCCGACCACGUUACCACCUGAUAUAAGGAAGGAUCUGUUUGGUGCCGAGCCGUUUGAUCCGUUCACCUGCGGCUCCGCUGACUUCCCUCCAGACAUCCAGUCCAAGCUGGACGAGAUGCAGGAGGGGUUCAAAAUGGGACUGACCCUCGAGGGCACCGUCUUCUCCCUGGACCCGCUCGACAGCCGCUGCUGAUGCCAUGAAGAUGCUCUUUGUCGCGUACUUUUAACCCGUUUGUAUGAAGAAGUGCCAAAAUCCACUCCACGGUCGAGUCAAGAUGUCACAGUGUUCAUCUUGAGGUUUAUAUGCAUUUGCAUUUCGAUUGGUUUUUCGAUAUUUCCAGGUGAACUCAGAUCCAUUGUAGAAAAGAACUAUUUUUGUAAGAAGUACUUUUGCUUGCACAGGCAAUGAGAGAUGUAAAUAUAUGUCCAAUGGUACACUCUGUGGCAGGAUUUUCAUAUGAGAUCGUUUGUGUGUGUGCACUGUUGAAUUCUGUAUCGUUAACACAUUCCUGUUUGUAUGCCAAACACAAGCUGGCAAGGAAAAUAAAUGGACUCUGUAUCAUAAACUUUUAGCCUACCCGUAACACCACAUAGCUUAUUUUACUCCACAUUAAUCAACUCUUUGUUUAAUUCAUUAAUACAGUCUAAUAUUUUUAGCUUACUCACUUUUUUACUUUUUGACAUUUUUUUUUUGACUUUGGUUUUUAGUUUUUUUCACUUCACUAGUAUGAGUUGCCAUGUCAGUAUUUACUACUCGUAUUUUUAAUUUGUAUCAUUUAAAUCUCCUUUUCUUGCACCAGAAGGCACUUUUUAGGACUCUGUCCAUAUACAGUACUAUUCCAUUAUUCUUUUGGGUGCAUUGACUUUGCUGUUACAGAUAUUAAAGAAAAUGUUACUGCGAAAAA